UAAAUAACUUAAAAUCAGUCACUAUUCAUCACCUUCCAUCCUAAAAAAAAAAGAAAAAUCCGUGCACCACCAUAGGGUGAAGAAGCAACUCCUUUCUUCCAUAUUAUCAUCAUUUUUAUGGUGAAUCGAAGAGCUAAAUGCACCAACGAGGGAUUAUCAAGGUGUGACUAUCUUUCUAGCCUAUUUUUAUCGCUUGAAAUUUAGUAAUGAAUGUGUUGUGUUGGUUGUAUGAAUCGGACCUCCUUGGUUGGAUAAGAAGAUGGAGUUUUUAUUUAAAAUUAUCGAUCUAUUUGUGUACGUAGAUGUCGAUAAACUUGGUUUUAGCCCUUGAAUUGAACUUAUUCAAGUUCUAACUUAGAAAUCCCAAAAUGAUAGAAACCUUAAGCCUUCAAUUCAUGAAUUUAUAUGGAUAGAUGUGUGAAAUAAUGUUGCAUAGGUAUUGAUGGAUAGCCAAAAACAUCAUUAGAAUCCAUAAUUGAAAAGAAAUUGAUAUAAAAGUCUGAAGAGGAUUAAAGCUAAUGUUUUUCAGUUCACUGUUCUGAAUUGUUUAGCAUGUUUAUGACAGUUAAAACUUUGGCUUAAUAAUUUUUAAAAUAACUAUUAUGAGUCUAGAGGUUCUCAGAAUUGUUUUGUGAAUUUCGGAGUUCACUUACUAUAAGGGUUCGUUUGAUUGCCCUGAGAGGGUAAGAUAAGCCCUCUUAUCUAGGGCGUGUAUAGUAUUUGAUUGCCCUGAUAAGCGUACCCGAAUACCCGGUAUACAGCCACCGACCCGGUUGUAAUUAAGAUACCACCCACGUUUUUGUGUAUAUGGCUGUCGCGGUUCUCACCUCUGAUACGGCCGUAUGCCAUGUUUCCCGAUUGUGAGAAAUUGAAUGUGAGUUGUGUGAUUGCCCAAAAGACCCUUUAUUAUUUGUAAAUCAAUUUGGGGCUGAAGCUGCAAUCGGCUCAUGAAUGAGAAACUUGUAAGCGGACAGAUUUAAUUCCCUUCAUUCGCCUUCAAUUUUGCAGAGGUUAGCACUUUAUUUCAGUUAAUGCUUGGAUGAAUUGCAUAAUUUUGUUCUCAAUUGUUUGUUGGGUUCAUGAUAUUGAAUUGCAUUAUUUCGGUUAAUGCUUGGAUGAAUUGUCGCAGCGUCUUGCUAAUCGAAUUCAUAUACAAUCUGGAGGUCUGAAAUCGGCGUCGAUUUUGAAUGGGUAACGCCGAGGAUUCUCGAAAGAAUAACCUGACCACCGUGGUGUUUCUGAUAGAAGAGAUUAUACGGAACCACCAAAUUAACAUGCUUCUCAUAUCUUUGAUGAUCACAUUAAUUUUCCCGCAAAAUCGCAAGCGUAAACGGUGGGAUCGGCUAGGUCAGUCUGUGGUUCUAGAUUCUAUCCCGGAUCAUGUGCGUCAACUAGAUAGGCUUGUGCGUGUGACAGAUAGUGCUUGUGUGGAUAAUUUGAGAAUGGAUAGGAAUACCUUUGGGCGUCUAUGUCGUAUUCUCCGUGACCGGGUAGGCCUAGUGGACCAGAGACAAGUGACUGUUGAAGAACAACUGGCUAUGUUCCUGUGUGUGCUUGCUCAUCACAAAAAAUCCCUCAUAGUAGGUCACAAUUUCAUGCGAUCAUCUCAAACCGUCUCCAAAUAUAUCCACACUGUACUCCAUGGAGUUCUCACGCUUCACAACCUUUUUUUGGUGAAGCCCAUCCCAAUAGAUGAGGCUUGCACUGAUCGUACAUGGAAAUGGUUCAAGGGUUGCUUAGGUGCUUUAGAUGGGACUUACAUCAAUGUGCGUGUCCCAAUUGCUGACGUUCCCCGGUACCGUAAUCGAAAAGGUCACAUUACCACUAAUACACUAGCCGUGUGUGACCCCCAGCUCAGAUUCACUUACCUCCUUCCUGGCUGGGAAGGCUCGGCAGCCGAUUCAAGGAUUUUAAGGGAUGCAAUCAGCCGACCUUUAGGAUGUUACUAUCUAUGUGAUCAAGCAUACCCAAAUGCCGAAGGUUUCUUGACACCGUACAAAGGUGUCCGCUACCAUCUCAAGGAAUGGGGGGUCGGAAGGCAAGCACCCCAAACACCGGAAGAGCUUUUCAACCUUAGACACUCCAAGGCGAGGAAUGUCAUCGAAAGAUCAUUCGCGGUGCUGAAGAUGCGAUGGGGAAUCCUAAGGUCAGCAAGCUUUUAUCCGAUAGAUGUUCAAACUGGGCUCAUAAUCGCAUGCUUUCUUCUACACAAUUAUAUACGAAGUGAAAUGGUAGUUGAUGCCGUCGAGGCUGAGCUGGUUAAUGAGGCUGAUAUUGAUGAUGAAACUGCCAACGAUCAUUUGUUAUGUGGUGAUAAUAUCAGUAGCGUGGAACCAUCGGCAUUAUGGACCCAAAAAAGGGAUGAUCUUGCAAUGGAAAUGUGGGGAGACAGAAAUAAUGGACAAGUUUGAAUGCCUAUGCAAAUGGACACCUUAUUCUUUUCAGUGUUGAGAUAGGUUGUGCGAAGUGAAGUUACUUUCUUGUAUUUUUUUAUAAUUCAUUACUUAUUUUCACCUUAUUCAAGUUGUAAGACAUUUUAUUCCACAAUGCAGAGGCUUCAAUUUUUUUCCCA